AUGACCUUCUCUUAUGUAUCAGAUCUCUCAACAUCCAGUAACAUCGGCAUUGCCGCUUUCUGCUUCCUAUCGUCCUGGUGGCUCGGCACAUCUUUUCUAGCAUGGUAUCGCCUCCGACACGUCCCAGGUCCCUGGUUCGCAGGACUCAGUUACAUAUGGAACGGCUGGAUAGCCUACAGCGGUAAACAACAUCAUGUAUUCGUAGCUCUCGACCAGAAGUACGGCUCACUUGUUAGAAUCGGACCACAGGUCCUGCUCACUUCAGAUGUCGAGCUCGUCAAGCGCAUGUCGGCGACAAAGAGCUCAUACGGCAAAUCAUCUUGGGUUGAUGGUGUGCGCUUCAAUCCGUAUCACGAGACUAUGUUUGCGGUGAGAGAUCCGCGUCAGCAUGAUCGCGCAAAGGCAAGGGUUGCCCCUGCGUAUAGUGGUCGUGACACGCCGAAUCUCGAGGGCGCUGUCGACCAGCAGGUCCACAACCUCAUAUCUUUGAUUCGUCGCCGUUAUCUCUCAGAGCCGGCAUCUGGUGUAUUCCGUACUCUACCGCUUCUUAACGUUUUGUCAUAUUUCACCCUCGAUGUCAUUUCCAAAGUGGCGCUUGGGACGGAGUUUGGUUGCUGCGCUUCUGACUCGGAUCCGUAUAGGUUUUAUGAAGGGUUGGAUGAGCAUAUGCCUUUGAUGGCGCUGACGAGCGAUGUGCCGUGGAUACGAGCCAUAAUGUACUCGACUACGUUUCUCAAGUACUUUGGGCCACGCGAGACUGAUACUCAGGGAAUUGGCCCAUUGAUGAAGGUUACGAAUGACAAUGUCCGACAACGCUAUAGUCAAGACCAAACAGAGAAGACUGAUAUGCUGAGCUCAUUCAAAGUCCACGGUCUGUCUGAAGGCAACGCCCAAUCUGAGACACUCUUCAUGUUCGUCGCGGGAUCCGAUACCACGGCCUCGGCUAUCCGAGUCACUCUAUUCUACCUCAUGUCCUCCCCUCGCGUCUACCGGAAGCUCAAGGAGGAGAUUCGAAGUACCAUUCGUGAGGGAAGAGCUUCAAGUCCAAUUACAGCUGCUCAGGCACGCGAGUUGCCUUAUCUCCAAGCAGUUAUAUAUGAAGGUCUUCGCAUGCGACCAGUAACAACAGGGCAGCAAGCCAAGGAGGUACCAGCUGGAGGCGAUACCAUCAACGGGCACUUCAUCCCUGGCGGUACAUCCAUCGCCAUAAACUUCUCGGCUAUUCUCGGUUCAAAAGCUCUCUUUGGCCCAGACGCCGAUGUCUUCCGACCAGAACGGUUCAUCGGUCUCUCAGCCUCCGAUCUCGCCGAGAUGCGACGUAACGUCGAAAUGAACUUUGGCCACGGCCGAUGGAUGUGUGCUGGAAAACCGUUGGCAUUUAUGGAGCUGCAAAAGGUGUACUUCGAGGUUUGUUGCAAAACAGAAUUUGUCCCUAGGAUAUAG